AUGUACCGGCACGUGCGCCACUGGAUUCUCUACUGCACCGGGGACAUGGCAGAGUUCCGCAAACUCGUGGAUGGUCAGCCCUUCUUGGUCCAGUUUGCCGACUGGAGCCUCCGCGGCAUGGCCCAGGUCAUCAUGGUUAACAACCCCAUCAGCGGAGCACUGAUCCUGGCUGCCCUCAUUGUGGAGAGCCCCUGGCAGGCCUUCUUGGGAACCCUGGGCCUACUGGUGUCCACCUUCACCGCCGUCAUCAUUGGCAUGGACAGUGCCGAGGUGUCCAACGGCGUCCACGGCUUCAACGGAGUGCUGGUUUCGCUCCUCAUCGGCGUCUUCAGCUCCGCAGGGGACUGGUACUGGUGGCUACUGUUCCCCGUGUGCAUGGCUGCAGCCACAUGUACGUUCGUCUCCAGUGGAUUGGCCUCUCUGCUCCACGGCUGGGACCUGCCAGUCAGCGCGUUCCCCUUCAACACGGUCAUCAUACUGUACCUUUCCUGCACGGGCAGUGCCAACCCCUACUUCCCGCACCGCGUGCCCGUCGCGCCCGAGGCAUCCGAGCCCGGCAACAGCACACAGCUGAACACCGGUGAGCUCCUGCAGGGGGUGCUGCUGGGUAUCGGGCAGAUCUAUGCUUGUGCUGAGCUGUGGCCUUCGGCGAUGAUUCUGGUGGCUGUGUUCAUCUUCUCCCCUCUGCUGUGCACUCAUGCCCUGCUGGGCUCGGGGGCAGGUACACUGGCAGGUCUGUCGGUGGCCUCACCGCACACCUUGCUGUACACCGGCUUGUCCGGGUUCAACGGCGCCCUAGGCUGCAUGGCUAUCGGGGGUCUCUUCUUCACCCUCAACUGGAAGACCCAUCUUUUAUCCAUCGCUAGUGGUUUCCUCUCCUCCUACAGCAACAUCGCCCUGAGCAACCUGCUGGGACAAGUGGGUCUCCCAGCAUGCAGCUGGGCCGCCACCCUCACGGCAUCCCUGGCGCUGCUGCUGUCGGGUCACAAUCUGUCCGCCUACCGAAUCCCCACCAGCCGGGUCGCGACCCCAGAGAGGAACCGGCGCACGCAAACGCACCGGCCCGGGCCGGGCACGGAAAGCACGGUCUAG